AUGGAGGACGGUACCCAGGCUGUAGACGACGUCGAUAAAGUAGAAGUGCUGCUACGUGUCUAUCAAAGCCUGCAUCGGAAGGAUAGUGGGUCAGCCUUGCCAUCACAGCCGCACUACUCCACUAGCUACACAAUGCGGGAAAUUAUUCUCAAUGUGUCAGAGGUCUUCACAGUGCUGGCCAGUUUGAACCCUUAUAAAUCAGCUGGUCCUGAUAGCGUACAUCCCGCCAUAGUUAAGCCGCUGGCUGAUAUCCUUCAGUAUCCCGUAGCGGAGUUAUAUAACCAGUCUCUUCGAGAAGGCAAGCUGCCACGUGAUUGGAAGGAGGCGACUAUUGUUGCCAUCCACAAGGGGGGGUUCUAAGUCGGUGCCUCUUAACUAUAGACCUGUUAGUUUGACCAGCAUCAUGCUGAAAUGCUUGGAAAAGCUUAUAAGGAACAGGAUCUGUGAGCACUUGACUGAGCACAAUCUAAUUAGAGCGGAACAGCAUGGCUUUCUCAAAAAGAAGUCUUGUCUUACCAAUCUAUUGUGCUUUUU